AUGAGUUCUUCUUCGUCUACUGCUCUUUUUGCUUGUUCCCGUUGUUUCUCAAGACAUCCUUUUGAAGAAUUAUCUCCCGGAGAACAGCUUUGCAAGGAAUGUCGUGGUUCCUUUCCCGUUGUCAAGUGUACUUAUUGCCGCUCUGAGUUUCAACAAACAAGUAAAUCAAACACAUCAUCUAUUUGUAAGAAAUGUGAGGCAAAUGUUAAGGCUUAUGGCAAACCAACAGCUUGUGAAUAUUGCAACAUUAUUGCUGCUUUUAUUGGUAAUAAAUGUCAGCGGUGUGCAAAUUCCGAACGCAAGUACGGUCCAGCGGUGACGUGUGAGCAGUGCAAGCAGCGGUGCGCCUUCGACAGGCAUGAUGACAACAAAAAGGUGGAUGGCAAACUGCUAUGUUGGCUCUGUACGCAGUCCCUCAAGAGAGCGUUGGCUCGCACAAAACAGCACCUCUCAGCGGUGGACAAACACAAGCAUCGAUCACACAAGUCGAAAAGUAGUCAUAAGGACAAACGUAAGUCUGACAUGAUGAAGAACAACUCUGGUGACCUUUCCGACUCACAGCCAAUGGAGAAGAAAUCUAAAUUGAAUCCUUUACAAGAUAUGUACUAUUUGUUAGGUGAAUUAGACCCAAACAGUUCAGAUCAUGUGGUCGCUAUGACACAACUAAAGGAGACCAUCGCUAGCUUACAGAAGAAAGUACAGCAAAAAGACAUGGAGUUACUUUCCAAAGAUAAAUUGAUAACAGAGCUAAAAGCGCAACAUCACAACGAUACAACAGAUCUUCGGAAUGAAAUGAAAAAUAAAGAGCGUUUGAACGAGACUAAAUUCAAUUUAAUGAAUACGAAAAUACAAAAUUUAUUAAAAGAAGUGGCAACACUAAGUAAAUCUGCAAAGAAAAAUAAUAAAAAUACAAAGUCUGCGCUCGCCACUGAGAAUAGCGGCAGCGGCACCGACAGCCCGAGCACUAAU